UUGGAGUCUUCAUCUUUGUGCUCAAGAAUCAGUCUUGCCUUUAAAAUCUUCGAUUUUGCGCCGGCAAGGAUCAUAAAAAUUUGAUCUUUUCGACGGCUCUUCCUCCAGUUCUCAGAUUCGGAGGAAAUGGGUGCGACGUGCGGCGGCGAAGACCUGCUGUCCAUGUGAGGUCAGAUUCAAGAACUAUAAAAAAAGGGAUUUUGUAACUCUUCCGGUGAUUCCCACGUGUUGAUGGGUAGAGGCAGAGGGAAAGGGAAGAAAUUGACUGCGUCCACUUCUCAUGAGGAUUCAGGCAAGAGUGGUGAAGAGGUGCUCCCUUAUAGGAGAGGAAGGCCUCAGAAACCUCUGAAGGGUGACGUUGAUGAAGAUGGUGCUGAAGAAAUUGAAGGAGAAGAUGAUCUCAAGCUCAGUGCACCAAACCAAGAGGCCAAGGGAGCAACCACAGUGAAUGUCAAGAAGAGGAAGAGAGACUCAAAGUCUACAGAAAAUGGUGUUGCUGGAUCUGAAUCCAUGGAGCAGCCAACAAGUUCUAAUGAUCUUCGGCAUAGCAGGCGCCGGAGGAAAAACAAACCUCGUAGGGCUGCCGAAGCUGGAGUCGAGUGCAAGUGAUCAGCACUUCAACUGAUUCUACAGAGUCCCUAUGCCAUUUCAUUCUCAAUUCAGUUAUCUUCUGAUAGUUUUUGGUUGU